AUGUGUUGGGCAAACUUAACAUUGGCGUGUACUUGCGUAUAUGUCUCUGAUGCAUACAACUAUUUUAUGAUCUACGGGGCCAACGAUGUUAAAUGCUAUGUUUUUUUUUUAAUCGAUUUGUUGAUUUACUUUAAUGGUGUUGAGCGCGUUUUAGAGUAUGCGAACAUAAUUCCCGAAGAAAUCGAAGGUUCUGUCUAUCCUUCAGAUAAUUGGCCAAACAAAGGAUCCAUCAACAUACAAAAUAUAACAGCACGGUAUGCAAGUACUUUGGAUCCAGUAUUAAAUAAUGUAAGCGUCAAAAUCAGAGCUGGCGAAAAGAUUGGUAUAUGUGGUCGAACUGGCAGUGGAAAGUCGUCCCUCACUCUUACAUUAUUAAGGAUGAUCAAUAUUAUUGAAGGUCGUAUCGUUAUCGAUGGUAUCGAUAUAUCAACUAUUCCUGUAUUGACACUUCGCCGUAGAAUGUCUAUUAUUCCACAAGAUCCAGUUCUUUUCUGUGGCACUUUACGGUUCAAUUUAGAUCCUGAACAAAAGUAUGUCGACCAGGAUUUGUGGAAUGCUCUCGAAAUUGCACAAUUGAAAGACUACGUGCUUGAUAUGGGUGAACAGUUAGAUACGAUUGUUACAGAAGGAGGCGACAAUAUAAGCACUGGACAGAGGCAGUUAAUUUGCCUAGCUAGGGCCUUCCUGCGAAAAAGCCGUAUCCUUAUCAUGGACGAAGCCACUGCAUCUGUUGAUUUACAAACAGAUGCCACAUUACAGACCGUUAUUGCUACGGCGUUUUCAGAUAAAACGGUUCUAACAAUAGCACAUCGUAUGUCCACCAUUUUAGAUUCUGACACUGUAUUAGUACUUAGUGAAGGCAGAGUUGUGGAAUAUGAUACACCACAGAAUCUUCUCAGGAAGGAUGGUAGACAUACAUUUGUAUCACAUGAUAGACUACGCUCAAACCUACUUGGUUUGGUUUAUAUUUUUAUGCACAUGCUUCGGGAGCAUACAGAUUUACUGGCUGACCAAUUGAGAACAACAGGAUGA